CCGGGCCGUGCAAGCGUGCGUCGUCUCUAUGGUGGCGGCUGAUUCGGAGUGACGGAACGCUUCUGGAGUCAGGAUGUUCCGCCGCGAGAGCUCCAUCCCACUUCGAGGCUCGGCCGCCUCUCUGUGCAACAACCUCAGUGUGCUGCCGCUGCCUGCCCGCAACCUCACGCACUUUGGGGUGGUCCGUGGAGCCAGCGCCCAGCUUCUCAGCGCCGCCCCCGAGGGUGUGCCCUUGGCUCAGCGCCAGCUCUUUGCCAAGCAGGGCGCUGGAGUGAGCCCUGCCUUUAUCACCCAGGUCCACUGGUGCACCCUCCCCUUCCGGGUAUUGGUGGUACUUACCUCAUUUAAGGGAAUACAGAUGUAUGAGGCUGAUGGCUCUGUCAUGGUCUACUGGCAUGCGCUGAACUCAGGAGAGGCCUCUCCAGCACCUGCCAUGUUUGCCCGAGGAAUUGCUGCCAGUGGCCAAUUCAUCUGCGUGGGAACCUGGUCGGGCCGUGUGCUGGUGUUUGACAUCCCGGUCAAGGGUCCCAACAUCGUGCUGUGUGAGGAGCUGACUGGGCACCAGGCACCAAUCACAGACAUCGCCACCGAGCCUACCCAGGCACAGGACUGUGUGGCUGACAUGGUGACAGCAGAUGACUCAGGCUUGCUGUGUAUCUGGAGGUCUGGCCCCGAAUUCAAAUUGCUGACCAGCAUUCCAGGAUUUGGGGUCCCAUGUCCCUCUGUGCGGCUGUGGCAAGGGAUUGUGGCAGCUGGCUAUGGGAACGGGAAAGUGCACCUGUAUGAGGCCAGCACAGGCUCUCUACAGGUCCAGAUCAGUGCCCAUGCCCGAGCCAUCUCUGCCCUGGACCUCGCUCCCGAGGUGGGCAAGCUGCUGUCAGCAGCCGAGGACACCUUCGUGCACCUCUGGAAGCUGAGCAGAAACACAGAGAGUGGCGGCAUUGAGGUGGAACACUGUCAUGGUGAGUGUGUCCCCGACACGCAGGUGUGUGGUGCCCGAUUCUGUGACCCCGCAGGCAGCUCCUUUGCUGUGACUGGCUAUGACCUCGCUGAGAUCCUGAGAUUCAGGAGUGUGUGAGAAUAGAGCAGCCACCCUCUCCCUGUGGUAUUUAUAAAGAACCCCUGCACCCA